AUGGACACCCUAAAGUUCAAUACAGAUGUAGAAAAGAGUGUGUUCGAGGAAGUCUUCAAAGACAUUCCUGAGUUAAUAAAGACUAAAUGUGGUGGAUAUGAUGAACUCUACGGUUAUAAGCUCAAUCCUGAAGAUGAGGACAAAGCGAAUGUCGAGAAAUACUACCGAGAGGAUGUUGCUAAGGGAAUAGUGUAUAAGCUUUGCAAGGCUUACAAAUUUGAACGGUCUGAGAUUAUCUCAAAUUUCAUUAGUAUUAUGAGAUGGAGAGCAGAUUUUAAUCCUUUAAGUGCAGCCUUUCUUGAGUCCCAUGACAAAGAACUGCAAGAGGUCGGUAUUCUAACGUCUUACCCAGCUGAAAGUGCGAAUAAGAAGAUUGUUACCUGGAAUUUAUAUGGGCAACUGGUGAAGAAAAAGCAUCUUUUUGAAGAUGUCGAGAAAUUCUUGAGGUACAGAAUUGGUUUAAUGGAAAGAGGGUUACGUUUGCUAGAUUUCAAUGACGAAUCGAACUGUUAUAUGACACAGGUUCAUGAUUAUAAAGGUGUUUCUGUAUUCAAGACAGAUGGCGCAAUCAAGAAGUGUACCAAGCAAGUAAUACACAUUUUUCAAAAAUACUAUCCGGAACUGCUUUAUGCCAAAUAUUUUGUUAAUGUUCCUAGUUUCUUCGGUUUGGUUUACGAUGUUGUCAAAAAAUUUGUUGAUGCAGAAACCAUGAAGAAAUUUGUUGUUCUUAGUGAUGGUGCAAAACUAGGGCGUUAUUUGAAAUCGUGUCCUAAAACUCCAUAUGGUGGUAGUGGAGAAAAGAAAACACUACAACAAGAGAAUUUCACAGAUGUGAGACCUACAGAGUAUGGUCAAUUUAUCUUGGAACGCAGCAGCAACCAAGAUAUUGAUUGA